UGUGUGUUGGUUGGUUCCUUCCAAGAUGUUUAAUAUAUCAAUGCGAAUGGAAGUGCAUUGCGUUCAGUCCUAUUGUGACUAACUAAUCUAUCAUUUGUGUGUUCUUGCAGCAGCAAAAGAAAUUUGGGACUAAUUCUAGUCACAGUUCUCGGUGGUUUUCUGAUCAUAGCAAUCUGCAUAGUGAUCCUCAUUAACUACUGUGCAAGAAGGAAAACAGAAGUUUUUUUUGAAUAUUCAAGCACCCCUUCUGAGCCCUCAACACGAAGCUUCGAGAUUGACGGCAGGUUUUUUGGGGGUCCUAUCUUCUCUUAUGCUGAACUUUGGCAAGCUACCAUGAAUUUUGAUUCCUACAGAGAACUUGGAGAUGGAGGAUAUGGAACAGUGAGCUAUGGUAAGAAGCUUUUUUAAAGCAAUCAUCAAAUCCUGUGUUCCGGUGACUAUGAAAAGCAGCAACAGUAGCAAACGCUGGGAGCGAAACAACCAUUGACUCACCGGAAAAAAAGGGGGGCCUAGACAUGAAUUUUAUUAGAGAAUGUGAGGCUCGCGGGAGUUUUGCUUCCGGCGAGGUGGGUUGGGGUUUGAAACUGGUGAAACCGACAAGUAAUUGGAGAAAAUGAAAAAGAAAAAGAACAGAUGAAAUGAUGUCCUAUGCGUACCUACAAUUUGAAUGGAAGUACAUGACCCUGCAAUGACUUUCAUCUGCUGUGUUAUUUUUAACUGAUAGGUCAACAACAACAACAACAACCCAGUAAAUCCCACAAGUGGAAUCUGGGGAGGGUAAAGUGUACGCAUUCCUUAUCCCUAUCCCUAUCCCGGAGGAGUAGAGAGGCUGUUUCCGGGAGACCCUCGGCUCAAAAAGACGAACAAAGACAUGUAACUAAAAUAACAGUUAUAGACUACAGAGCCAAAUCUCUAGAAGAAUGGAAGAUGGUUCUAUUAUCCACAUCAGAGCAAUUGAAGAACAUGCAUGGUUAGAAGUGUUUAAAACAUUUACCUUUUACAAAUUGAGGUAUCUAUUUGAGAACUCGUAGAUUUAUAGGGCAGGCAUUAGAAAUUUGUGCAAGUACAGGUGUUAAUUUGGGUUACUAAUUUUUCAAUCUUAGUGAUAGACUCAUAGUAUCUUGGAUUCUGGGUGCAUUAAGCUAGGGAUUAAAAUUAAUGAUUGAUUCUUUUUCAAAUUUUUGAAGAAGAUGGCUUGGAACAUAGUAGCAAAUAUUUCUACUUUACUCCGUAUGUUCUCCGUUAAUCUUGAGAAAAUUUCUUGGUAUUUUCUAGUGACAAAAUGGGCAAAUGGAAUUUUAACCAUAAGAAGAACAAGAUUUGAAGCUAAGUAUGCAAUGUUCUUUUGACAUUUUCAGACUAUCUUUAUGUGCCUUUUAGUGUGUAACAAGAACCUUUUCUUUUGUUUUUCACCUUUGGACGUAUAGCUUCUAUUUCUACCAUUUUAGUCAUCAUUUUUGGUUGGUCCUGAAAAUGAUCAGUAGUUGCUGUUACUAUGCAGAGUCAAGAAGUCAAGUCUUUCUACUGGUGUCAAUGCCUACAAAAGCUAAUGUGAACAUUACUUUUUUUCUUCACCUUUCUUUUCCCUAAUAAGUCCAACCCUUCUUAUACGUUAAUUUGUUUUCACAUAGUGUUUCUUUGUGACAAAUGUUACCAAUAAGCUAAAGGCUAGUAAUGUUGAAAGUGUUCAGAAGUUAUAAAACUUGAUCCUAUAAGAUAUCUGGUGAGAUAGCUAGAGUUGCAAUUCACAAAACUUCAGCUAGCUUUCCUCUUCUUGCAGUACGAUUCAAUAUGGCUUUGGCUGCUUCUUUUAUUUGCUUCCUUUUAUCUCUUCUUCUGAUCUUAGUUCAGGCAAAGGGCAGAAAUGAUUCUAUUUGUCCAAAGUCCUUUUCAUGUGGAAAUCUUACUGACCUGAGCUUUCCUUUCUCUCUUUCCACACAACCUGACUGUGGACUAAUGUCCAUGUCUGGUUGUGAUGCUAAACCAUUUCCAAGAAUUCAACUGCUUCCUGGAGGAGAUUGGUACUAUGCUUUAAAGAAACAUAAUUUGUCAGUUUGGCUUGGGGACCCGAAGCUUCAAAUGGCAUUGAGGCAACACAACUGCCAGGCUUUUAACAAAAGUUUCUCCCUUCCAAUCUCUCCUUUUAUUUCUUUCAAUAUGCUUAAUAUUCUCGACUUAUUCAAAUGCAAGAGCACUAGUAGUAAUACCAAAAACAUUACCCAGAAGAAGAACGGCACUUUCGCUGGUUAUAAAAUGUACAAUGGUUGUAAAGGCUUUAGCAUAUACUACAAGCUUCCCGGGGAUGAUGAUGAAGACGUUCGAGCAGACAUUCUUCUUGCCGACUGUUCACUUAUCCGAUUGCCAAUUCACUCGCUAUCAAGUGAUGGUGAUUUGUUCAACUUGUUAGGUCCCGAAAUUCUAGUAGAAUGGAAACUGUCUGAUGAGUGUUACCAAUGUCACCAUGGUGGAGGUCAAUGCCAGACUGAUAAAACCAAAAAAUUUCAUUGUACAAAUCCAUAUAAUCCACAUGCUCAAGGCGCAAAAACGACAAGAAGAAAGUUGCGACUGACUCUGGGCGCAGUUUCUGGUGGAGUAGGAUUGGUGAUGAUAAUUUGUUUAGUUGUCUGCUUUAUCUGGUGUUACAAGAAGAGGAACUCUAGUCCAUCCCGCUUCCUCUCAACAAAGAAAUUGUCAGAUAUAUUUAAACGUGAUGUUGAGGGAAGCAGUAUAUACUUUGGUGUCCCAGUCUUCUCUUAUUCAGAACUUGAAGAAGCCACAAAUGAAUUCAAUUCCUCUAGAGUACUUGGAGAUGGAGGUUAUGGAACUGUUUACUAUGGAAAACUUAAGGAUGGACGAGAGGUUGCUGUAAAGCGCCUUUAUGAGCACAACUGCAAGCGAAUGGAGCAGUUUGUAAAUGAAAUUGAGAUACUUACUAGACUAAGGCAUAACAAUCUUGUCACCCUCUAUGGCUGCACUUCAAGGCGAAGCCGUGAACUACUCCUUGUCUAUGAAUACAUUCCUAAUGGAACUCUUGCUGAUCACCUCCAUGGUGACAAAGCAAAGGGCGGAUCACUCACGUGGCCAAUCCGCAUGAACGCCGCCAUAGAAACUGCUGGUGCAUUGGCGUACCUGCAUGCUUCUGACAUAAUACACUGUGAUGUCAAGACUAAUAACAUACUUCUUGAUCAGAACUUUAGUGUUAAAGUUGCAGAUUUUGGGAUUUCAAGGCUCUUCCCCAACGAUGUCUCUCAUAUUUCAACUGCACCCCGGGGUACCCCUGGCUAUAUCGAUCCAAAGUAUCACGAGUGUUACCAGCUAACUAGUAAAAGUGAUGUUUAUAGCUUCGGGGUGGUUCUUGUUGAACUCAUUUCAUCGAUGCCAGCUGUGGAUAUGAGUAGGCAUAGCCAAGAGAUUAAUUUGGCUAACUUUGCAAUAAACAAUAUCAUAAAAUCUGCAUUUAAUGAGUUGAUCGAUCCAUCCCUGGGGUUCGAUUCAGAUACCAAGAUUUGGGAAAUGGCUACUUCAGUGGCAGAGCUGGCUUUUCUAUGCUUGCAGACAGAUAGGGAUGUGAGGCCUACUAUGGUUGAAGUUUUGGAUAUUCUAAAGGAGAUUCAGACUAGUGAAUUUGACAAUGAGAAGAAAGCUAAAGCAGUAGCAGCUCCUCCUUUCCCUGAAUCAGAAAAUCUGUUAUUGUUGAAGCAAGUCAAAUCACUGCCUUCACCAAAUUCUUUGACUGAUAAAUGGUUUACUUGCUCUGAUAUAACUAGUACAACUAGUUAAAGUUCUAUAGCCCCUUUCUUUAUGUUCUUGAUGUAAAUUUUUGAGAGACUAUGAAUAUAGUAUUGUCCUCUCUACCUCCACGAGGUAGGGGUAAGGCCUACACACUACCGUCUCUAGACCCCACUUGUGAGAUUAUACUGGGUAUGUCGUCGUCGUUGUUGUUGUUGUUGUAUGAAUGUAGUAUUGUGAGAAGUUUCUUGAACUAUGUAUCUAUGAGUGGAAGUUAUUCAAUUUUUAGUUUCAUUACAUAAGAAUUUAAGUUAUACAUUGGCAGU